AUGCAGUCGACUGGAUUUCCCUCGCCAGAAUGUCGGUCCCCGAGACUCUUGCCACCAAUUCUAAAUGAAGCAGCACCUUAUUCUUCAGGUGUUCACUCUCCAAUAGAUCAUUCUCUGAGGCUUUCUUCAAGCAGAUUAUGGUCUCGGUAUCAUCGGGGAUGUGUCGCCAAAAGUUCUGCUUUUAUGGAUUGGUCUGCUGUCAAAAGUCAGGAAAAGAAAGGUGCAGCAUAUUAUAAGGAUAAACUUUCUUUGGGAGCUCGCAAAGAUCCAUACAAAGACGAAGAAGAGGCCGCAGUUACAAAUUAUUUGAAUCGUAACAAACAGUUUUUGGAAAAUUACGUUCUUGAAUGUGUUCCUGUUGACGAGAUAGAAAUUUGGCUCCAGCUAAAGUUAAAAUCGUCUGUAAUUAACACACUAACAAAUAGAUCAAAAUCUAAGCACAAGCAUAAAUUAACGAUCUCGAAGCAGAAAAUAAUAGCGGAACUGCGGCAAAUUCUUCAAAUCGAUCUUACAGAACAAGAUUUAGUGGUAGAAUUGGCAAGAAAUAUUGCUAAUGUUGUCUGUGUUGAUGCAUACCGUAUUUACAAACUGUCGUCCGACCAUUCAGAUGCUGUACAGUACUUUGUGUUUGAUCAUACCAAAUUCAAAGCAGGCCAGCGGCCCUACUACAGUCUGACACGGGCAGCUAUGGAUGUAUCCUUAAUUAUGAAGAUAGCCAAAACUGGCACAGUCACUCGUCUCUCAGGCCAGAAUAAACCGAUGGUAUGCCUGGACGAUCCACACUCUUUUUUCAGAAUGUCUAAAUUGAAGAACAUGAAAGAUGCUAAUCACGUCAUGUAUCAACCAAUUCUGAAAUCCACCGGUGAAAUAGGAUAUCUAAUAGAAAUGUGGAGAUUGAAGGAACAAUUUACAGAUUUGGAGGAAGAGAUCAGUACUUGUUUUUUAAUGUGGGGGAGUCUGGCGAUGCACUAUUGUGGGCUGUACUUGGCGAAGAGGAGGGAGAGGAACAUGUCGGAUUUCUUAUUGGACGUAGUGAGAGCUAUAUUUGAAGAGAUGGUAUCACUGGAUCAGCUAAUAAAAAGAAUUUUAGAGUUUGCUCAAAAAUUGGUAAACGCUGAUCGUGCAUCUCUGUUUUUGGUGGACUAUAGAAACUUUGAACUAGUUUCGACAGUUUUUGAUCUGAAAUAUGAACCCGGUCAGGAUAGAGAUAUGGAGAAGAAGGAAAUUAGAAUGCCAAUCAAUAGAGGUAUAGCGGGCCAUGUAGCGUUGUCAGGAGAAACUAUGAACAUUCCUAAUGCAUAUUUAGACAAUAGAUUUAACAGAGAAGUUGAUGAAGCAACUGGAUAUAAAACUAUAAGUAUCCUCUGUAUGCCAAUCAAAGUGGAAGGUAAAGUGAUUGGAGUCGUCCAAAUGGUGAAUAAAAGAAAUGAUGAUAAUUUCGGACAUGACGACGAAGUGGCCUUUGAAAUUUUCUCCACUUUCUUUGGAUUGGCACUUCACCAUGCUCGUCUUUAUGAUAGAAUCAUGAGGAAAGAACAAAAGUACAGAGUUGCAUUAGAAGUCCUGAGUUACCAUAAUACGUGCAGGGAAAAUGAAGUCCAGGCAAUGCUUGGCGACAAAGAUCAUCACCACACAAAAUUAAAUGAUUUUUCUUUAGAUCCCUACAAAUUCAAUGAAUUUGAAAAGUGUAAAUCUGUUAUUACUAUGUUCAAUGAUCUUUUCAACAUAUCCAAGUUUGAUAUUGUAACCGUUACAAGGUUUGUCCUAACUGUGAAAAAGAACUAUAGGACAGUGCCCUACCAUAAUUUCGAUCAUGGUUGGGCUGUAGCACAUUCUGUGUAUGUCAUUUUGAAGAAUGAUAUUAGGAAGCGUUUUGAUUAUAAAAUGAGAUUAGCAUUAUUCGUCGCAUGUCUCUGCCAUGAUCUGGACCAUCGUGGGUACACAAAUAAAUAUAUGAGUGAAAUCGCUUCACCCUUGGCCGCUGUAUACUCAACAUCUACUCUGGAACAUCAUCAUUUUAAUAUUACCGUUAACAUUCUUCAGCAGGAAGGACAUAACAUAUUCUCUCAUAUCUCGAGUGAGGAGUACAAAGAAAUCUUGAGCUAUAUACGACAAGCGAUAUUGGCCACUGAUCUUGCAGCUUUUUUUCCAAAUCUAGAGAAAAUGAAGGAGCUCUACAAAGAAAAUGCCAGUGUUCAUUUCAAUUGGAACAUACCAAGUCAUCGAGAUCUAGCCUUGGCUAUAUCGAUGACAGCAUCAGAUUUAUCAGCAUCAGCUAAACCUUGGGAAGUUCAAAUCAAGACUGUAAAGGUUAUUUUUGAGGAGUUCUAUGACCAAGGUGACAAGGAGUUAGCAGCAGGAAGAGUACCCAUUGCAAUGAUGGAUAGGAACAAACCUGAAGAGCAGCCAGCAAGUCAGGUUGGUUUUCUAAGCCAAAUUUGUAUUCCAUGUUACACAAUUCUGUAUAAAAUAUUACCGAAUACGAAACCAAUGUACUUAAUGGCUAUGAAGAACUUAAUCAGAUGGAAAGGACGAGCUGAAAAAGUUACAAGAAAAUUAGAAAAUAGAGAAAAUAAAAAAAAGGAUAUGUCUAUAGAAGACUCACAUUCAGAAGACGACGUAGAAUCAAUAUUCGAUGAACAUUUAAAAAAAGAUGCAGUAACUUUGUCAGAUAAUAUGAAAGAAGAUGCUGAAGAAAACGAUAAUAGUGUAUUAGAGGUUAACUGUAAAGCAGAAGACACGUGGCAAGCUAAUCCUACUACUUGGGAUGAAGAAGAUAGUGCAAUAGAUGAAAAUAGAAUAAGCAAAGGUAUUUGGAAAUAUAUAGCGGAAACCACAGAUGAAGAAAGUGUGGUAGUGAAAAGACAACAUCCCUAAAUAGGUUUACAGUAUGAAAAAUGUAAUUAAGUUGAUAGAUAAAAUAUUAUA